AUGUGCCUAAUAAAGGACUUAGGCCUUCCAUCGAAGCGUAUUGAAGGGUCUAAUGGGGUCUCUUCCUCUGAAAUGACUGAGAUUGUCAACAAACAUAACGAACUGAGGAGAAAUGUGCAGCCUACUGCUAGCAACAUGUUGAAAAUGAGCUGGAACAGUGAGGCUGCAGCCAAUGCUCAGAAAUGGGCCAGCACCUGUGCCAUGAAGCAUAGCACAAAAGUCUCCAGGAAGAUCAGCAGCAGUGGCUGUGGAGAGAAUCUGUACCUGUCCAAAAAGAGGGAUAGCUGGAGCGAUGCUAUUCAGUCCUGGUACGACGAGGUGAAUGACUGGCGUUAUGGAGAAGGAUCCAUCAACGGGAGAGUUGUCGGGCACUUUACACAGGUUGAUUGGUACAGGUCAAACCAUAUUGGCUGUGGAAUGGCCUACUGUCCUAACACCGACUACAAAUACUUCUAUGUCUGCCAAUACUGCCCACCUGGAAACUACGAGCUCACUAAACCCUACAAGAAAGGACCGUCUUGUGGUGACUGCCCCAAUGACUGUGAAGACGGACUCUGCACCAACCCUUGCAGGUACACUGACAGGUACGGCAACUGUGCUUUCCUGAAGAAGAGGUAUGGCUGUCGCCACAGGACUGUGGCUGCUUGGUGUCCUGCAACCUGCAAGUGCAUCACUGAGAUCGCUUAG